AUGGGCUCUCGUCUCGAAGAAAAUUCAGAUGCUAUGCAUGACUUCCACGAUGAAACUGGCGAGGAGUAUGAAGCCUCCAGUUUCGGAGGGUUUUCAGACUAUAUGCGACGUAAAAAACUCAAGCUGCAAAAUCUAGAUGCAGAAAUCCGAGCAAAUUCCGGGGAUUGUCCCCAAAUAUUUCGUGGCAUCGUCGCGCACGUCAAUGGCUAUACUCAGCCUUCCUUACAAGAUCUCCACCGUUUGAUUGUCAGUCAUGGCGGAGGUUUUCUUCAGUAUCUAGAUGGCAAGACAGCGGCAACUCAUAUCAUUGCGAGUACCUUGACUCCCAAAAAAUGCGAGGAGUUUCGUCGAUACCGCAUUGUGAAGCCCUCUUGGGUCACUGAGAGCAUCAAAGCCGGUCGACUACUACCCUGGAAUGACUUUCGAGUUGUUGAUGAGGGCCAAUCUCAAAAGGUCCUGAAGUUCGGUGGUGGACGCAUUAGCAGCCAAGCAAGUACACCUCGAUCGGGCUACAAGGACCAAUCCAGUACAAGCUGGUACAAUACUCAACUUCAGGCAAUGGGUGCGGAUAUGACUUCUAAUGAACGAACUCGAAAUCAUACUACCCCCUCAAAACCAACCCCAUCAACACCUACUUUGCCACUUCAGUCUCCUCGAUCAAGUAAACGCCAUCGUUCUAAUUCACCUGUCGCCAAUGAUAUCAAGGCCACUCAUUCAACAGAAUCCCAAAGCACUCGAUCACAUAUCAUGAAAACUCCAUCAAAGAGUGCCCCCUACAGCUCCAAAUGA